GUUGUCCCCCUUUUAACUCUAACUUGUCUUUUCUUUCGCGCUAUUUGUUAUUAAAUGUUGCUCACCGGUGAGUAGCAACAACGGCUUGGGUGCCGUAUGAGAGCUAGAUCGCUCAUUUUUCAUAUCGUGCAUCGUCGAACGAUACUGGCUGAAGUUUAAACUGCCGACAAAGAAUAAGCAAUAAGAGGGGAGAAAAACACGGACUAUCAUCAUGGAGGCGAUUAAAAAGAAGAUUGCGGCGUUGAAGCAGGAGAUGGACGCCGCUAAUGAAAAAGUCGAAGCAAAUGAAGCGAAAGCAAGAUCAGAGAACUUCCGAGCGGAUAAACUGAACGACGAUGUAAGGGAUUUACAGAAGAAGCUGGCGCAGCUUGAACGAGAUUACGGAAUUACCAAGACGAAUUUAGAGCAAUCCACUGCCGACUUGGAGCAAUGUGAAAAAUCUUGGUCUAAGGCAGAGCAAGAUCGAACCACGUUGACCAAAAGGGUACAAGAGAUCGAGGCAACGUUAACGAAGAAAGAAGAGUUACGUCUUUCUGCUCAAUUGAAACUUGCACGUGCCACAGAACUUGCGGACGAUGCUCAAAGAAUGUGCAAAGUACUAGAAGACAGAAGUCGGCUGGACGAAGAGCGCAUGGAGAAAUUGAUGCACGAAUUGAAAGAUGCAAGAUUAAUCGCCGAAGAUGCGGACGCAAAGUCUGACGAAAUAUCGAAGAAGUUGCAAUUCGUUGAAGAAGAACUGGAAGGCGCUGAGGAGAGAGUCAAAACCAGCGAGGCAAAAAUCGUAGAACGAGAGGAUGAGCUUUUCAUUGUGCAAAACAUAGUAAAAUCUUUAGAAGUAUCCGAGGAAAAGGCUAAUCAACGAGUGGAAGAAUUUAAAGUACAACUAAAACAGUUAAAGAAAAAAUUGAGAGAGGCUGAGAAACGCGCCAUCCAUGCUGAAAGAACGGUGAAGAAAUUGUUGAAGGAUGUCGAUAUGAAGGAAGACGAACUGAGAGAAGAAAAGGAGAAAUAUAAGGCAGUCUGCGACGACAUGGAUGCCACAUUCGCAGAAAUGACAGGAUAUUAAGGCCACAGAAACGGACGGAGUUCCUUUUAUUUUGCUAUUCUGAGCUUCUUCCGCUUAUUCGCUACAUUUAAUAAUGGACAUCAGUCGGCUGUAUUCAGCUACGCUGAUUUGACUCGACUCGUUAUAGUGUACCGUUAAAAAAAGCUUUCAAUGGUGCUUCAAACAUAAUUUGCUAUGCGAAAUUGUGCAAUUAACAUAGCAAUUAGAGAGCGUACACUGUACUAGUUUUCCGUUAAUGUAAUGCUUUGCUUCAAGCUUAACACUCUAUAAAAGCUUCGGGGCCAGAGAUGAUUGGACUGAUGGUGUUAUAGUUGCUUCACAAACAAAUAGUCUCUUUUCGAUAGAAUUAACGGCAUCGCCUAUUUUUCUUUCAGAGACGUUGAAGAGGAAUCGGUGAAUAUGAAUGCAAGCUCGAUACUGCAUCCUCUUUUUAUCAUUGUACGCAAAAUCUGUAUUUUCAAUAAACGGUAUUUAAAAAAAAGAA